AUGGCAAACAUCGAGAAACUCCAGUUCCCAGCAUUAAAAAUAACUGGCGAAAAUUACGCCGGAUGGGUCACAAACGUGAAACCAUAUCUGGUGAUGAAAAAGAUAACCGAAACAAUUAUAAUCGGUAACAAAUCACCACCCGAACAUAUAGGCGAAGCGAUAAUCUUCCUGAAGAAGCAUUUAGAUGAAAGUCUAACGCACGACUAUGCAAACGUCGAGGACCCAGCUGAACUGUGGCAAACUUUAAAAGAAAGGUUCGAUAACCAGAGACAAAUCAACCUUCCUCACGCUCUAGAAGAGUGGAAAAAUCUGAGGUUCCAAGAUUUUCAAAAGGUUGAGGAUUACAAUUCCGCUGUCCUGCGAAUAGUUGCACUCCUUAAAUAUUGUGGUAAUCCUGUCUCUGAGGCAGAAAUGAUGAAUAAAACAUACAUCACUUUCCACAAACAGUUUCACUUCUUACCCGAAAUUUACAGAAAAUGCGGGUACACGAGAUUUUCUGAAUUGAUGGUUGCGCUCAUGUUAGCUGAAAAGUAA